CAGGGAACAAUGAUUUGCAUAGGUGACGAGAGCGGACCACCAUGCACAAACUGCAAGAUCAGGGACACAGACUGCAGCUUUCCGCCGGCCACUGUCUCGCACCACACUGCGUCUCCGCCAUCCAACCAUGCCAAGUCUUCUGCAAUUGGUUCGGACAUCUCGGCCCUCAGCAGCUCGAUAUCCUCAAUGUCGACUGCCAGACAUAUCCCGGAACUUCGACUCAUGCAUCGCUGGUCGACGGUCACUUGCGAAACCAUGGUCUCCGAGAUCGCCGACGAUCGAGAGAUCUGGAGGAAUGUUAUGCCGGAGAUUGCGAUGAAGUAUGACUUCCUUCUGAACAGUAUGUUCGCUUUGACGUCUUUCCAUUUAGCAUACGACAGGCCGAACGAAGCGCCACAGCAUCUGAGCGCCGCUCUGGACUACCAGACUCUCGCUUUCAAAAAGUUUCGUAGCGACCUAGAAGGAAGCAUGAUGGAUGACGUAGAGGCUCAUGAUGCGUUGUUGUAUUGCUCGAUCAUACUAAUGGUGCUGGCCCUUGCAUCGUCCACGCAGCCGUUGCUGAAAGAGGGAAUGAUACAAAAUACGAUCAUCCAUUUCGAGCUGGUCAGAGGAAUCACCGUCGUCAUGCUCAAGCGCCCAGAGUGCAUCAAAGAGCAUAAACUAUUUGGGAAGAUUCCAGAUAUGCUCCGGCUUCCCAAGCAAGGGUACAGUCCAAGAGCAGCAAGAGCUAUACAGCUUCUCACCGAGAUGAAUGAGGCGAGGGCACCAAUGUCGGACGAAGGGUAUUCCAGUCCUGGACCGAUAGAGCCCUUGCCCGAGGAUAGACGAUACCUGUCGUGCAAGAACGCCAUCUGGUGGUUGGAAUACCAUUUUUCCACCUGUGGCGAGCUCAAGCACCGAGGAUUUGUACUCGCUUGGCUGUCGCUUGCCGGUGAUGAUUUCAUCCAAGCCAUCAAAGAAGGUGACCAGAUCUCUUUGCUUGCGGUCAUGUGGUGGGGCGUCUUUCUGAACCCGCUGGGAGAACAGUACUGGUAUGGAGAAGACUUUGGUAGAGAUGUGGCGAAUGAGGUUGUAGAAGCCGUCAAGCUCUCGUCAGAAGCGAGCGUCGGAGAAUUGAUCUACCUAGCGGAGCAGGAAUUCCGCGAGGACAUGGCACGAAAAGCCAAUGAUGGGAGCGAGCCACCGAUCGAACCGCGCGAGCAGGUAAUCGAGGAGAAGCCAUUCUGGGAGGUCGACGAUCCGGAUGAUCCUAAUAGUCCUCACGGCAAUGCACCAGCGUCAGUCAUGGCGUAUACCAGGAAGCAGAAUAGCAAGCUAUUUGGCGGAAGUAUAGAUCGAUUGCAGGUCGCAGAAAGAUUGGGAAUGUCAAGAUCGACUUCAGCUGGACUGGAGUGAAUUGCGGUUGCGGGUUUGGAUGCAUUCGUGUAACUGUCGAUGUAUAUCAGCUCAAUCCCAUAGAAACGACACCCAUCUCAGCCAUCCUUUUGGUCUCGGCUCUGGCUCCUCCGGCUUUCUCUCUAUCUCGUCUAAAGCUUCAUUCAGCGGAAUAUCAGCAAGAUUGACGAAUCUGGUUUUCUUGAAGAACUUCCAGAGCACAAACGCUGUGAGUACCAGAGGUAUGUCGAGGUAGCUGGACACAAAUCCCGAGGAUGACCAGUUCCCUCUCGUGAAGUUGGAGAAGCCAGAUGUGAACAGAAUCACCACAGAAAGAACCAGUGCAACUGGCGUAGAAAAUCUGGUCCAUGUAUUGUGCCAUGGCAGGGCCGAGUAUGGUAUUGCCUGC